AUGAUUGCGUCAAUACCACAAGUAUGGCGAUCUAUUGUACGCCCCUGUCGCUUCGUCGCCCGUCGCCGCUAUCCCGUCCCUGCGCGACACAUACAUGCGUCCCGCCACUGGCUCUCAGCACCAUCUAACGAUCCGCGAAAUGAAACAAGUCCGAUCCCCGACGUCGAAGAUGUGGUGGAUACUUCUGCAGCUGCCAGUGACGAUGUGAACAACCUCUCGCUCGAGAUCCCUUCACCAAGAACCACAAGACUGGACAACCCUAUGACGAGACCUUACGGGUCUGCUGUUCGCCGAGCCUUGAGAAACAGGCAACAGGAUAGUCAACAACAGCAGAAGUCUCCGGCCGUUGAGGCCAACAUCCCUGAUUGGUUUCAAGCAGGGAAUUUGAGAACCUUUGAUCCCGCGGUUGGCGCGGCUGGUACGCAAUUCAAACACGAUGUUGCGAUUUGCAACAGCAAGGACGUAAAAAAUUGGACGUCUCAGGAACGCAUGGCAAAUGGUGGCCGCGGCGAUGAUCCAUCGACAGAUGGAACGCCGAAAGACUCAAUACAUCGAUACGCUCUGACUGAGGCGAUAUGGGAUGAAUUAAUGGCAUCUGCCAAAGCGGGUCUGAGGCUUCCUCCAGUGGAGUUUGAUCGCGAACCGUCGGCCAAGAAGUCACACCUGGUUCUUCAAUAUCCUGGCCCAGAUGGCAUCUUGUUUUUAGAUGCAAUUGUCCAGGAAAUCGCUAGCAAGCUGAGCGCUAAUUUAAUCACGCUCAAUGCACAGGACAUUGCUCAGCUUCUGAGCGAGGCGGAUUUCGCCGAGGCUGGCGCGACAUCUGCCAUUCGUUCACUUGGCUACGAGGUUCAUCAACCUCCGGCCACUACUUGGCCCGAGCCCAGUGAAGGAGAAGCGGAGGCCGAUGAGGACAUGGUGGAUUACCCUGGAGGACAAGGCAUGCGUCCAGAAGCCAGCACGCCGCGGUUCAUCACAAUCGAAGCCAGUCGAGACUCGAGCGAUGUUUCAUUGCCGAAUUGGAUGGGGUUAAAGUCGCUGGUUGCCUCAAUCAAUGGCCAAUCUGACCAUGAGGCAGGCGGGAUACGAGGAUCUGGCCAGCGUACGGAGGCGCGGUGGACGCGCCUUCUCAACGAGGCACUCUCGUUGGCCUCCGACUCAAAAUCAUCGACUGAGCCUGCGUGUGAAGACUCUCGAGAAAAGUCGCCUGGGUCAAAAAAUGAGCCAAAGAGAUAUGCCCUGUCGCGCGACCUCAUUGUGCAUGUCCAAGACUACCGAGAUAUUCAAAGCUCAAGAGAGGGCGCCAAAGCGAUCUCUUUGCUCCAGAAGGUCAUUCAAAAUUACCGACGCACAGGUUCCAGAGUUCUGCUAGUGGGUAGCAUUUCACAAGACUUGCUUCCUUCAGUUUCCCAUGACGGUACUCGAUUCUUACAAAACGUGGUCGAUGAUAGCUUCUCCAAGACGUUGGUGGUCAUCCCCGCAAUGGAUGCGCAGGAUGUAGAGAAAACCUUCGCGGAAGAUUCGAAGAAUCGAACCAUGGAUAUCAAUAUUCGUCAUCUCCAGAGCAUGCUCCGUUGGCGAACUUAUGGAAGCUCACCGGCGGUACAUGACGAUCUAUUGAAGAGCCGUUCCUGGCCACUAGAUGCACAAGCCAUCAAGCAAUCCGGCAUUCAAGAUCGUUUCUGGUCUUACAACCAAGUUCACUGGGUGACCACACUUGCUCUUGGCAGCGCGGAUGAUCCGAGUGAACCCGUCAGCCUUGCGCAUAUUCGACGAGCCAUAGAUCUGAUGGACAAGGGGGAUCGAGCCACCAGCGACUGGUUGCAAGCCAAAGCUUCCAGAGCAAAGAACUCCGAUCGUGGGCAAAGUCGAGAACAGCUGUUGGCUUCUCUGCGCAAGACCAUUCGAACCACUUUUGCCGAUGUUCACGUGCCAGCUGAGACUGUGGACGCUCUAAAGACAUUAACAUCUAUGUCCCUCGUGCGUCCCGAAGCAUUUACCUAUGGUGUCCUAGCCACCGACAAGAUUCCCGGUCUUCUUCUGUACGGCCCCCCGGGCACCGGUAAGACGCUCCUGGCCAAAGCUGUUGCGCGCGAGAGCGGUGCCACGGUAUUGGAAGUCAGUGGGUCUGAAAUCUACGACAUGUACGUCGGGGAAGGCGAAAAGAACGUGAAGGCCAUUUUCACUUUGGCCAAAAAACUCAGCCCGUGUGUGGUGUUCAUUGACGAAGCCGAUGCCAUCUUCUGUUCUCGAACCAGUGCCAGUAACCGCACAUCUCACCGCGAACUGAUCAAUCAAUUUCUUCGCGAGUGGGAUGGGCUGAACGAGAUGUCCGCUUUGAUCAUGGUCGCGACGAACAGACCAUUUGAUCUUGAUGAUGCCGUGUUGCGACGUUUGGCACGCAGACUUCUGGUGGACCUCCCUACCGAGCAGGAUCGUGAUGCUAUUCUUCGAAUUCAUCUCAAGGACGAACAACUCGACUCGAGUGUUGACCUGGCCGAGCUGGCACGCCGCACGCCCCUCUACUCUGGCUCCGACCUGAAGAACCUCUCCGUCGCUGCUGCGCUAGCCUGUGUGCGUGAAGAGAACCAAGCGGCAGCACAGCAUCAAGGUGAAGAGCCCUACCAGUAUCCUGCUCGCCGGACUCUCACUCGUGCCCAUUUCGACCGUGGUAUGGAAGAGAUCAGCGCAUCAAUCAGCGAGGACAUGUCCUCGCUAUCAGCGAUCCGCAAAUUUGAUGAGCAAUUCGGUGAUCGCAAGGGUCGUCGUCAGAAAAGCCCUGGAUGGGGAUUCAUCGCUCCAUCGGUAUCAGAGCCUACUACAGACACUGCCCGUGUUCGCACAUGA